UAUUAGUGAAACUCCAGAAACGCACACUGAAGAGGGUGGAUCGAUGCAGAUCGCGGUAAGCAGUUCGGCACGGAACGAGAUGGUAGGAUUUGGUGGAGCGAUCCAGAGGAAACCGCCCCGGUAUAGAAAGCUAAAACCCGAAUGAAAUCAACAACUCUCAAUAUCGCACGAUCCCAAAAAGUUAUUAGCAAAGGCUUGCCCGAGAAAGUGGGCAAACACGUUAAAAGAGUGGAUGCGGCGCUCCUGGGCAAACACACCCAACAGCUAUAUGAUCGAUUAUCAUGGAAAGAAGCGAGCGUGCUAGCGCAACUCCGGACUGGCAUGGCAAGAUUAAAUGGGUAUCUCUAUCGAAUCAACGUAGCGCAGACAGAUCAGUGUGCAUGUGGACAAGCAAGAGAAACCGUAGAGCACUUCCUCUUUCGAUGUCAGAAGUGGACGGCAUACCGGACAGAAAUGCUGCAAUGUACGAACACCUACCGAGGCAACAUAUCCUUCUUCCUAGGAGAAAAAUCACCUUCAGAUAAUCAGAACUGGACCCCAAGCUUCGAAGCGGUACAAGCCUCGACGCCACUUAACUAUGUAGACGAACACAAAUCAACCACUCCUCCCGAUCCAACUCACACCAACCACCUCGUGACAGACACGGUAGACGCGCUUCAACUGCCGAAGAUAGGAUGUUGA